CUGAUCUACUUUUUAUACAUAUAUAAAGAUGGUAUUCGGCAAGUUCGGAUUGUUUAAGCUAAGUAUCACAUGAUUCACAUACGUUCAUGUCGAUUCGAAUUGAGAUACGGUCUCUCUAUUAUUUCUUUUUUUUUCUUUUUAAAAUUAUUUUUUAAUUGGAAGCACGUGCAUUUGCUUGUGUUGGUUUUUGUUUGUUUCUUCACCAUCUUUCUCUCCAGUUUUGACGAAACCGAGGAAUCCAAAACCUCCUAAAAUACACAAAUUUCGUGGUUUAUUGGCUCCAGGUCGAGAGUAAUUUGCUCUCAAAUUAGGGGUUUUUUUUUUUUAAGUCCCUUGUUCUUUCAUUUCUUUAACUGGUGGGUAUUGUUGAGCCCUUUUUUAGCUGUAACCCUCCUCACUCGAGUUGACUCACUAGAAAGUCUCACCGAGUUGACAGUUUUGUUUUAUAGAGAGAUGGGAGGUCAAUGCUCUAACCUCGGUAGUUGUUGUCGGAACUCAUCUCACAAGACAGCUGUUCUUGAAUCUCCUCCUCAUCUUGAAAAUGGAGAGAAUAGUGAGAGGACCGAUGUGCCUGCCUUCCGGGAGUACACGCUAGACCAGCUCAAGUCGGCUACUUGUGGUUUUGCUGUGGAGUAUAUUGUCUCUGAGCAUGGAGAAAAGGCUCCCAAUGUCGUCUACAAAGGCAAACUCGAGAACCAAAAGAAGAUUGCUGUGAAGCGUUUCACCAGAAUGGCCUGGCCUGACGCACGUCAGUUCCUCGAGGAAGCCAGGUCGGUUGGUCAGCUGAGGAGUGAGAGAAUGGCCAAUUUACUCGGCUGUUGCUGUGAAGGUGACGAGAGGUUGCUUGUCGCUGAGUUUAUGCCCAAUGAAACCCUAGCCAAACACCUUUUCCAUUGGGAAGCACAACCUAUGAAAUGGACAAUGAGGCUAAGAGUUGUAUUGUAUCUAGCACAAGCUCUUGAAUACUGCACCAACCAAGGCCGUAUUCUUUAUCAUGACCUUAACGCCUAUCGAGUUUUAUUUGAUGAGGAAUGCAAUCCAAGACUUUCUACUUUUGGCUUGAUGAAGAAUAGCCGUGAUGGGAAAAGUUACAGCACAAAUCUUGCUUUCACCCCUCCUGAAUAUCUUCGAACUGGGAGAAUCACUCCAGAGAGUGUGAUAUACAGUUUUGGCACUCUUCUGCUUGAUGUUCUGAGCGGGAAACAUAUACCUCCUAGCCAUGCCCUUGAUCUGAUUAGAGACAGGAAUCUCCAGACGCUAACUGAUUCUUGCCUUGAUGGGCAAUUCUCUGAAAGCGAUGGCACUGAGCUUGUACGCCUGGCUUCUCGUUGUCUGCAGUACGAAGCUCGUGAGAGGCCAAACACAAAAUCUUUGGUCACUGCUCUGACGCCUCUUCAGAAAGACACUGAGGUCCCAUCUCAUGUUCUAAUGGGUCUGCCUCACAGUGGUUCGGUGUCUCCCCUGUCCCCUCUUGGUGAGGCUUGCUCGAGAAAGGACCUGACCGCUAUGCUUGAGAUCUUGGAUAAACUUGGAUACAAAGACGACGAGGGUGUCACCAAUGAGCUCUCGUUUCAAAUGUGGACAGACCAGAUGCAAGAGUCUUUGAACUCCAAGAAGAAGGGAGAUGUGGCUUUCAGGCAAAAAGACUUUCGAGAGGCCAUUGAGUAUUACACGCAGUUCAUUGAUGGAGGAAUGGUGUCUCCAACAGUGUGUGCAAGGCGUAGCCUGUGUUACCUAAUGAGUGACAUGCCAAAAGAAGCAUUAGAUGAUGCAAUUCAAGCACAAGUGAUCUCACCCGUGUGGCAUGUGGCGUCUUAUCUCCAGUCUGCUUCCCUUUCCUUCCUGGGAAUGGAGAACGAAUCACAAAUGGCACUUAAAGAGGGCUCCAACCUUGAAGCUAAGAGGAAUUCACCUUCCCAACUCAAGUAAGAUACUUAAUAAUACUGUUUUCUUUUGUUUUGGUAAAAAGACGAAACAACAUCUUACCAAGUUUAAGGAGGUUUAUUACAUCUUUUGAGCACAACCAAGGAUGGGGAGAACACUCGAAUGCCAUUUGCAAAAUCAGACCCCAGUGAUGGGGAUGUGUGUGUGUUUUUUUAGUGUUUAGCUCUUCUUUGGCCUCUUUUUAUAGGCAUUGAAGGAAUCUCUUCCUUUGAAAUCCAAUUCCUGAACUUUGUUAUAUAUGUUGAACAAUGUACUAUAAAUCCUUUUGUUGCAGAAACCAAAAGAUAAUGUUUUCUUUUGAUCUAUAGAUACAUCAUCUUCUUCAA